CAGCCAGGGAAAGCGAGGCCAGGACAUCGGUUGGCUUUCUAGUGCCUGAAGUUGGUUACUGGGAAGGAAUGUAAGGUUUGUCGAGUUACCCAGUCGCCCAAUGAAAGAAGCAAUGAGUGCGGUCGUCAACGAAACCAAAAGCCUUCUCAAUGGUGACAACCGUCUCUACGGAACCCGGAACUCUUCUGAGUGUAGCAGUGAAGAGUGCGUACCUUCAGAGAGUGUUUCUGUUAGUGAGUCAUUCGGGCAAACAACAAGAAACCGCUCACUAAGCAGUCUGCAGGCUACUAUGCAUUUGUUGAAAGGCAGCAUCGGAACUGGAAUCUUGUCUACUUCGAGAGCUAUCAAACUAGCCGGUUUGCUGCUCGGCAGUAUUGGCAUUCUGUUAUUGGGCUCUCUAGCCGCCGUAGCAAUGUAUGUCCUCGCACGCUGUUCUCGCGUUUUGUGUAAACGUUACCAGAAGACAGCUUUGGAUUACGGUGAUGUUGCAUACGAAGCAUCGAAAAGGUUUUCUGAGAAAGCGGCGAAGGUUUUCCGCGGGGUUGUGAACUUCUUUCUCAUUCUAACUCAAUUGGGAUUCUGUAGCACCUACGUUCUCUUUAUAUCAGAACAUUUAGUAAAGAUUUUACAAGCUUGCAAUGUGAGUCUUAACAGUCUGCAUAUGAGCUCUAAUAAUGUGAUGACCUUGUGUCUGGUGCUGCCACUGAUUCUAACAAGUCUCGUCCGAAGUCUUGACAAGCUGUCUUUCCUCUCUCUUGCUGCCAAUGUUGUGCUGCUCUUUGGAAUGUGUUUUAUAUGGUAUUUCACCGUCUCCCAUUUGAAUCUAAGUGAACGUAGAUUCGGAGGCCCACUCAAAGACUUGCCCCUUGUGGCACCAGCCUCUGGCUGGCCACUGUUCUUUGGAAUAGUGGUGUCAUCAUUUGAGUCUAUUGGGGUGGUUCUACCAACCGAGAACAAGAUAAAGCAUCCACAGGCAUUUCGGAAUGUCUUUCUGGUAAGUACGGCUAUUACUAUAGGCAUCAAUGUUGCAACUGCAACCCUGGGAUACAUGUGCUUUGGUGACAAAACAAAGGCCAUGUUGACUCUGAAUUUGCCCUCAUCUGGGAGUGGCAGUUGGAUCAACACGGUUGUCCAGGUCUUCUUUGUCUUCACCACUUAUGUGACAUUUCUGAUUGAAUUUUAUGUGGCAAUGACAAUCAUUGAACCACCCGUCUUUCGGUGGGUAAAGAAAUGGCAGCCUGAGAGCAAAUUAGUCAUGAUUAGCUAUACAAUUCGAGUUGGAUGUGUUAUACUGUUGGUUGCUGCUGUACUUGCCAUCCCAAGAUUAACCCUAUUCAUUCCUCUUGCUGGCUCAAUUGGCGGUGCAACUCUGGCUUUCGUGUUUCCAGCUAUUAUUUUUCUGUUGACUUUUACUGCAGACCUCAUCCACGAACGUCGCUAUGUUACUGCUGCCGUCUUGUCUAGUUGUGCCAUUCUCACCAUGGUUAUUGGAUUGGUUGGAUCCAUCUUUGGAUUAUAUUUUUCGAUCAAAGAUAUUGUGGCAUUCUAUGACAAUGGCAGAAAGGUUGAAGUGCUAUGAUUUUUAGCAACAAUUGGUCCAUCCUCUACGACCACAUCAUCAGCUUUAUCAAUGUACAGCAGAACUUGGAUUCUUUUGCAAGAGUGUGUCUUCCAGAACAAGGUCGUGUUUCUUUUGCUGUUGUGUUCCUUUGGAGCUAAUGGUAGCUAAAAGGAAUAAUGAAAGCUCGCUGGUUGCCAAAUGCAGAUGUUUGGGUAACUGUAAUAGUCAUGUCUAGUAA